GACCUCGCCUUCUGUUGAUGCACUUUAGCACCUUUUCCGGAGCCCCCACCGACCCGCGAGCCCCACAGCUGAUGACCAAAGCCAGCGCUGCCCCGCCUCCCCGCCGUCGCCCCGAGCAACGCGCCUCCUCCUCCUCCCCCAGCACCCCCUCUCUUGUCCUCGAGUCGCUGUGGGGCGUCCAAGGAUGUUCCAGAGGUUCACCAGCGCUCUGUUCGGGGAUGACGGCGAGGAGCUGAGUCGCCGCGAGGAGGAGGAGGAGGAGGAGGAGGAAGAAGAAGAAGACUGGAUCCUGGUCAACUACCUGGCCGAGGCCGGUGGCGACGGCCUCUCCGCAUCCACCGCUGGUCCAGAGGAGGAAGAGGAGAAGGAGGAAGAGGAGGACCUGGUGAUGAUCCCCUCCCCCGUGGACAACCCCCAGAUCCGCUACGCCUCCUGCACCUCCCUCAACUCCACGGCGGACACGGACGGCGGCGCCGAGGAGGAGGAGGAGGAGGAGGAGAGCGGGUUCCUCCGUCUGAACGCCUGCUCCCUGGAGGAGAGCUGGUUCGUCACGCCGCCGCCGUGCUUCACGGGGCGCGGCGUGCCGCCGGCGCUCCUGGAGGCCAGCCCUCUGGAGAACCUGCUGAUUGAGCACCCCAGUAUGUCUGUCUACGCCCACCGCAGCCCCCCCAGGAUGACCCUAGACCCCCUGCCGCGCUCCCUUGACCUGGAGCUGGGCUUGUUGCCUGGCAACGUGCCCGCCGCCAUGACGCCAUCUGCCGGGAAAGAGAAGGGAAGACGCACGCUGGACGGCCCUCGACACAGCCCUUGCAGGCCGGAGGUGGCGGUCGUCCCGCGGCGCUCCACCCUCCACUCGGCUUGCUACGCCGCGGCGCUCUCCGCCCGCGCCGGCCUCCUGCAGCAGCGGGACAGCAACGCCGCUCAGCGCAGCAAGCCGCUGUCCCGCAACGCCCUGCGGCGCCUCAACAUGCUGCGCCCCCCGAAGACCAGCUCCGCCCACCUGCACCAGCCCAGCCAGAGACACCUCAACUUUUGAGGGCUCCUCAUCGUCACCACCACCACCACCACGGGAAACUAACCACCUCUUCUUCUCAAGAGCUCAACACCAGCAACGUGUCCUCAGCCACGCCCCCGACCUGGAAUCUGAUUGGUCAUUGAAAUCUGGAGUGAUUUUAGGUUUUAUGUUAUUGGCUCACGGGGCGAAUCAUUUCGCAUCAUCAUCAUCCCUCAUGUUGAAGCUAAGGAAAUAAGAAGGCGUCAUCACGUGACGACCUCCCGUUGUCACGGUGACGACCUCUCUCUUCUUCUUCACGGACAACUUAAUGAGUAGAAUCAAUGCUGUAGGUCACUUUACUCAGAGGCAGGUUCGUCAGGUGCGGCAGAUCACGCUCACGUGAUGUCACAGCGGGGAGCCGUGACAUCACGCGCUUCAUAAUCAGAUGUUCUUUUCUAAAAUCCGUCUUUUAUAAGACCUCAUUUUAUGGAAGUUCUUUUACUAGUAAAUAUUCAACAUGUUUUCAGUGGGGUUUAAAAACGGUAACUAGAUGGAUGUAAUUCAGGCGUGUUGCCUCACGUGCUCUAGUGACCACGUCAAAGGAAACACGACACUGUAAAAACUUGGAUGUUUCUGCCUUUUAGAGUCGGCGCUGUUGUAUCGCGGGUCCGUUAGCGUCCGUUAGCUCGCCGCCAGCUGAACCUGCCUCUGACUCCGUAAUUCAGUACUUUUCACAAUAUUUUUUUGAAAAGAAAAAAAAAAGGAAUAGAAAUACUGGGUUAAAUAUCACUAAACGCCUUGUUUUAACGGUAGCUUUGAGAUGAAUAGAAAUGUUUAAAGAUAAAAAUGUAUUUAAAAAAAAUUCCAAAAUAACUUUUUUAAAAGAAAAAACAAAUUACAUAUCAGUAUGAAGUCUGUAUACAUGAGUGUAUUUCUUGCUUGAGUGUGUUUGGUUGUGUCAGUGUGCGAUCUGUUGCAUGGUUGUACAGCUGUGUUCCUGUGACGGCAGAAAAAACAAAUGUGUUUUUAUAAUUGUGUUUUUUGUUCUUAAAUGAAUCUGCAGUCUUCUUCUCAGGGUCACAAACAAUCACAUUUACUCUCCAGGAAAAUGCAGAUUUACUUGAUGGCUGACGAUUCUCUUUGUGCGCUCAGACUUUUUAUUUUGUCGUCUCCGUCCCUUUUGCGAGAAACGAGUUUUAGUUUUAACUGAGAAUUUGGAAAUCCUUCGCGAUGGAGAGAAACCUUGUUUUGUAAAUGUCCUUUAUGCUUUUUAACUAUUCUAUUACGUUAACUUAGUUACAUUACCUUAACUGUUAAAAUAUUUAACCAAAAAAGUGUCAAGGAUCUUCAGUCCUUCCACUAGUGUCACCACACUGCAGGAGAGAAUAAACAAUAGAAUCCUAAAUAAAAGACAUGAGAAUGGGACAAAGUUACAGGACGGAAAGUCAAAAGGAUAAAUGAAUAUAUGUAAUGAGGAAACACUCAUUAUUCGUGUGUUUGUGUCAUUAGAAGCCGUCCUAACCUGUGAUUGUAAUUUUAAUCAAGGCAUCAAAUUCUGAGUAAAAUCUUGUAAACGGUGCCGUCACAUCUCAGAACUGUAACAAUUUCUUAUUAUUUCUCACCUUUAACCUCCAAACAGGGAAGGUGAAACAAAUUUCACAUGUCUUUUUACUUAUUUGAGCAACACAUGCGCAGUAAAUGUUUGGAACGGGUGAAUUAGUUGGUUACGAUUCUAACUUUGCAGUGUGGUUUGUGAAUAACCUUCAGAACGCACUAACAAACCGUAGAUAAUCCACAGUUGAGCCUUUCUCUUCUUACUUAUCGAGCUCUGCAAUCACGGACAAUGAUUUUUGGGAGCUUUACGUUAAAGGGAUCGGAUGUGAUGAUCUGUCUCUUCGGCUCUCGGGAGCCUUUUUUUAUUUCUUCGGUUCGUCUCUCCAUCAUCAAACUAACAGGGAUCUGUAAUGUUCUUAUUUUGUUUUAUGUUCAAUGCCUUGAAAUUUGUGGAUCUCGUGCCUUCCGGGUUUUGAAAUGUAAUGACAAUGCAUCGAAGAAGAACUUGAACUCCCGAUUUUAUUCUUUUGUUUGUACGUAACAAGUUAAAAUCCCAGAAACGGACGUCAGAAACCAGCUAUGCACCACUCGAAGCAGCCAACAGCGUUUGCUUAUUUCUUUUUUUUUAACUAUGACUCAACAAAAACCAGACAGAAUGAUGUAGCAGAAGCCCUUUUCUCCUUGUUUGUUUUAACAAAAAAAGUCUGAAGAAUAUUUUGUGUCAUUUUAUUUUCAUUAGUGUCAGAUGCUUUUUUUGUUUUGUUGUAUUUUACUGGAAUAAUACAGCACGUUGCCAAAAAAGGGAAAAAAGGUGUAGGAAUUAUAGGGUUAACUGACAGAGAAACUUUUUUUCUCUGUCUUUUGUAUUUUUGGAUGUAUGGCAGAUCAAUUCACUCGUUCUGAUGUUGAAAAAAAGAGCUAAUUCUAAGUAGGGUCAUCUGUCUUUUAACUGUUCUAGUUACUACAUAUGAUCUCUCGUUAGCUUUAAAUAAUAAUAAAUGUUUUCAUGGCUC